AUGUUUUUGGUACUUCUCUGUGUUGGUAUUACUCUGUGGUAUGUAGCGUUCAGAUACAAGAGGAGACGUCUUUACGAAUUGGCAGAUCUCGUACCGGGACCAGAAACGAAAAUUCCAUUAAUUGGAAUAAUAGAAGAAAGCUUAAAACCGGUCGUUCUAUCGAUGGAUUUCGCAUCAAGUAUCACCAAUCCCAUCGAUGUUGAGUUUGUUACGAAGAAAUGUCUACAGAAAUAUGAUAUGUUGUUGAAGAUCUUUAGAAGUUUCAAUGGCGACAGUGGGAUUUUUGCACCAGUGCACAUAUGGACGAGGCGUAGAAAACUAACGGUUGCCGCCUAUAGUCCCAAAGUUGUCAACAGUUACGUAGAUGUAAUCGUUCAAAAAACUGAGGAGUUGACUGAAAGACUUAGAGACAAUAAUUGCGUUGGUACUGGACCAUUUAAAAUAGGGUCGUAUAUAGGCGAAUAUUCAUUGGAGGCUAUAUUCGAGGCUGCACUUGGCGUAAACAACACUCGUUUGAGCGAUUCAAAGAGAAGUGCGUUUAUUAAAGCUACAACACAUAUAUUCGCAUCAGUUGCUACUAGACUAUUUAGUGUAUGGUUGUGGCCUGAUUUCAUUUAUUACUUAACUCCAAGUGGACGAGAAUUCAAAAGGUGUAUGGAUUUAACAACUACCUUCGCAGACGAAAUUAUUCAGAACAAACGAAAAGAGUUGAAAAUCUCUCAAGAGCAAAUUGCCGAGAUGUAUAACGAUGAUGGCCCCAAGAAGGUGUCAUGCUUUCUGGAGCAUCUACUGUUGUUAUCUAGCAAGGAUAACAUAACUGAUUUAGAGUUAAAGGAAGAGGUGUUGACGUUUUUGUUCGCGGGAACUGAUACUUCGUCUGUGGGAAUUUGUAACACUUUGAAGCUUUUAGCGAAAUAUCCAAAGGUUCAGGAAAAAUUAUACCAAGAGAUCAUGGAAGUGCUUGGUGACCCCUCCCGUACAUUAGUUAAAGAAGACCUGCAAAACCUCAAAUACCUCGAGCGGGUUAUAAAGGAAUCGCUGCGUCUCUUUCCACCAGUUCCAAUAAUAUCUAGAGAAGCUGAAGAGGAAAUUCAAUUGCACCGUUUUUUAGCUUCAGGGACGCGUGUACCAGCUCACGCCGGUAUCAUCAUUUUAGUAUGGGGCAUAGGACGUGAUCCGGAACAAUGGGGCCCUGAUGCUGAUUGCUUUGAUCCAGAUAGAUUCCUCCCUGGACGCAAAACUGGACUAUUCGUACCGUUCAGCACUGGACCUAGAAAUUGCUUGGGAUAUCAAUUUGCUUUUAUAUCAAUGAAAUUGGCGCUGACCGCAAUAUUGCGCCGAUAUAAAGUAACUGGUGAGGAAGAAUCAGGACCUGUUCCAGUUAUAGACUGUUCUUUCAACGUCAUGAUGAAAGCCAAGGAUGGAUACGAGAUUUGCUUAGAGGAACGAUGA